GCACCCGUGUCUGACGCGGUGACCUAUCUAAUCGUAACCCUAAGGGUCCUCGUUGACUACAGUAUCCCAGUCUGUUCGGAAGCUAUUUAAAACGUGAGAUUCCGUAGGCAACGUAAAUGGCUAGAACAUUAACAGCGUAAUCUUUGCACGCAUCUCGCACUGGAAGCUUCACGUCAGGUGCUGCUGUAGAAGUGAUGAAGAGGUGAAUCCCCAGUCUACAGUUUUGGAACUGCUCGUGCACCGGUGCUCGAACGAUUAACCGAAUGAACGCAUGUGUACUGUCAGUAACUUCUAUACGGAAUGACUGACAUCAUCUCAUCAUGAUGUAUGGCGAGAAAUGAAUCUUGAGUUUGACACCAGCAGAAUCGUGUGCCAGUCUCCGCGCGCUGGAGAACUUUGCCUCGCAACUCUUGAGAUCGCGCCGCGCGGUUGAUCAACAACUUUCCUCAUAAACAGAGCUCGUGUCCGCUUCCGUAUGUCGUUUCAAACCCUUCUAUGUCACCAUUUAUUAUCGCUCUAAUCGGACGAGAAUGUUUCAGAGACCAUAUCUGUUCAAACUCGAGGAAAACAUCGCUGGAAAACCUUGAGGAGCGGAUUAAAUUGCUGAUAAUAAAUGACUUUUCUGCGUCUCAAUCUCGCGUCCUCGCCAGGUGGACUGUGAAGAGACAGAGGAGGAAUGUUUAUCCGAAAUUUAUUGCCGCUCAGUUUGGGGGUUUUGCCGUUAUUGUUUAAUCACUGUUUUCUCGCAGUAUUUCUUCCAUUAUUGCAGUUUACAAAAGGGGAGCUCCAGAAGUCAUGCUCCAGACCCACAGUGGCACCAUUUGGAGGGAACUGCCAGUUGCCAUGCCAUUGUAGGCCCUACCCACCAUUACCACCUCCACCCCCUCCUCCACCACCCCCAAGGCUCCUGGCUCCAACUGUGGCUCCCUCCACUGUAUCCCCCACAACGUCCUGGAGGAGAGAGAUGCAGAUCUUGGUCCUGGGGACUGUAAGCUGUGCAUCUGUGGUUUUCCUCCUUCUGACUGUUAUCAUUUGCUACAAGGCCAUCAAGAGGAAACCCUUACGAAAAGAAGAAAACGGCACCAGCCGAGGGGAGUAUGCCAUGAGCUCACGCUGUAAACAGCAGGUAGUGGAAACCAACAACACUGGAGUAUAGUGCCCAUUCUAAAGCAAGUUAUAUACAGCACCAUCAUCUCUCUGUUUAAGUUUAUGAGAUGGAUACAAGGCGUACUAUGAACUAUAAAUAAACCACGUGGCAGCCCUUUUGGUGAUAUAAUGCUGUUUGAAAUGUUUUGAAAAAAGUGUAUAGAUAAUGACGGACAUAGGUAUAAGCAAGCAUAAGCAGGGUUUGAGGAUACCUGGACACCCUUAAGAGAUGCUGGCAGCUGCACAAGUAUAACAGAACUUAACCUGUCAGGCCCCCAAUUCCACUUUGAGGACAAUGUACUACAACAACAACAAAAUAAACGCAUGCACUUUCUGUUGAAUGCAAAGAUGUUUUGAAAUUCCUGUCUUCUCUAGUCUUUUACUCUAUCUCUGAAAUGUCCCUCAUUAAACAUUAAGGGUUUUCUUAGCUCAUGUAGAUUAUCUAAGUGUUUAGCGGUAAAGGUACCACAUUGGCCCAUGUUUUGGUAUGAUCUGUUAGUGUGCCCAAAUGGAUUGGUUCAUCCUGCACUUUGUGUACCAAUAUAUAACACAAGAAUUUGUUUUCCCUAAAAUCACUUGCAAAAAUGUAUUGCUUUUAUUGUGUUACUAUGCAAUCGGAAAGGAUUGAAAUCUUGAGGCGCAUGUUAUUUAUUCAAAACUACAAUGCUAGCAUUAGCAUUGAGAAUUGUUAGUGCUGAUUCUAGUCUUACCAUUCUAGACAUACAUUUCUAUAAAGAUACAUUUUAAAGAGGCUAAAUAAUGGGGGUAUGUAACAUGUGAAAGAGACCACCUUAUAAAUACAUGCAAAAUAAAAACAGAUAUAAUAGAUAUUUUAAUAAUAUUCAAAAUGUUCUGUCUGUCUUACAUUAUAUAGAAUGAUUUACACACAAUUGUUUGAUCAAUUGAUAUCUGUUUAACUUCCAGUAUCUGUCUGUUCAGUUUAAAUGAAACAGAAAUUACAUUUUGUUCUUUUUUUUGAAACACAAACCAUUUUUUGGAUGCCAUAAAGGCUGUGUAUAACAUUCCUCAGUCAUUUCUACAAAACAGAAAACUGUACAUUUAAUAUAACAGACAACAGUGCACUAGUAUGCAGUGUUACCAAACUGGAUUUGAUUAUAAUUUGUGGUCUGUUGUCCAUCUCUUUGAGUCCUGAGUAUGCUUACAAAUCAUUUUAGAUUCACAUUAAGUCUCUGAGUCAUCCAAACAAAAGUUUGACUUCUCUCCUUGACCUUUGUUGGAAGCGCUUAACAUGCGCUUUUAAUAUGACUGUUUAUAAGCAAUUAUUGCUUAUAUUUUUAAAGUCAUUCUUAAUCUUAGGUCAUGUGAGUUACUGUUUGCUCAUGGAAAAGAUAUGUAGUGUAAUGCAUCAAACAAGCAUAAACCUAAAAAAAACAAAAACAUACUUUUUUUAUAUUAGCUUGUUAUAUCGCAUUUAAUCUGGCCUCUGCAGUUUGUUCAUUGCAAUUAUUUUUUAUCAGCACGGUACUGUAUAUCAAACCAAUUCUCAUAUUUACAUGUAUAUAUUAAAAAUUUUUGUACACAGGAGCUUGUUGUAUUUAGAAAAUCCAAACUAGUGAUAUAACAGUGCUGCAAUGUGCAUACAUAGUAACACUGAGCAAUGAGUCACAAGCUUUUGAAGUGUACAUAAUGUACAACCUUGUGUAAACAAACAUCCCUUCUUUAGCAUAUUCUGUCAAACAUUCUCACAACAGACAUCUAGUCACAAGCCUGUUCAAAAAGAUAUAUGUACUGAAGCUUUAUGUGUAUUAUACUGUAAAAAGAUACUCAGAAUUGUAUUGCAUGAAUGUACAUAUCAAUAUUUGCCUUCUUGACAGUCUAUCGUGUGUACAGAGUAAGAGAAAAUCUAUAUAGGGAUAAGUAUAAGUCGAUGUGUUGUCAGAACAGAAGUGUUAUUGUUUGUCUGGAACAAGCCAUUAAUGUAUAUUUGAGUAAUCAGAGGUUGUUGCACAAUGUAUGCAUCACAUACCAAAAUGUAAACAAUUAUGUAUUGUGCAUUGAACUAAUUUAAUUGCAACUU